UGCUGACCCGGAAGCGUUUCAGCGUUGCACAAUGCAGUGUUACAUGACCUAACGUGGGUUGCCGGAGAAGCGGCUUGUGUGAUGCCCACUAGUCCGACAUGUCUCCAUCAGCAGGACGAGCUCUCAGUGGUUUCACCUCUAGGAUCCUUGGCACAGGAAUGCGGAUUAAAAACGCGUCGGCUUCCGUAGGUUUGAGGUCGCUAUCGCUGACCUCCCCGGCGCCGGCCCGGUCCAAACCGUCGUCAGACGACGAAGCGGUUAGCAGCGAACCCAUCAAGUUCUCCACCAGCAAGGCCAGCCACCGGACCUGGAGGGUGGACCGGUCCCUGGGCAGCCAGCACGAGCGGCCCUGGUGGAAGGUGGUGCCCGUCAGCCUGACCAUCAUUGCCUUCCUGCUGUGGUGCGUCAUGAGGCUGGAGACGGACGUCGACACUCAGCUGGAGAAGCAGCUGUACGAACGUUUACCCGGCCUGACGUCGGACCAGGAGGAGGGCGGGAAGGAGUGAUGUUUAGCUCUGGGUGGAUAUUUAUUUGUUAAAAUUAUGUGGACUGAUUUAAAGUUUAAUGAACCCGUCCCUUUACUUUAUGAUGUAUGUUGGGUCAUGGAUUGUCUUUUAUUAACUUGAAUUAAAAUAAUUGUUUCUGUUAGAAAUGCAGCCUCUUUGCUUCAGCAUUCAGAUUAACGUUGGACAAUAUGACUGAAAAACGAAUAACGUUUCAUAUCAGUCAAUCUAGCCAAUUAUUGAUUAGUUUAGAUUUUAGAUAAAUGAAAUAUUUCCAAAGUGUUUGUGUGACCUAAACUGUUUAACCCAGUUCUCACUUAAAGUUUUUAUUUUUUAGCAGUUUUGAGGCAAAGCGGAAAAACUUGAAACUGCUGCCAGUUACCCAGCAAAUCGUUGCUAGUAAAUAACUUUAUUAUCUACUAAUAUGUUGCAUGUUUAUCACUUUAUUUAUUUGGCCUCUUUAACACCUUCAUGCUUAGGAGUAAAAUUAGUUUUCAGUGGAGUCUGGGAAGGAAAUCUAAUUAUGCCAAACUCAAAAAGCACAGAGGAAAAUGUUAAAGUAUAAUUUUAUAUCUAAAAUUUGUACUAAAACUCAACUUUGUUGCAAAAAAACUUAGCCUUUAAUUUAAUAAACUUGGUUAAAUAUAGCAAACAUUUUGAAAGAAAUCCAGUUCUUAUGACUGAAUAAAAUUUGUACGAGUUCAAAACAAUUUGCAAAAUCUUUCUAAAGUUUUUCAUCUAUGAUGAAUAAAAUCCCUUUCCUACAAAAACAACUAAAUUUGACAUUUUAUUUUCUUGUCCCUCCAGUUCCAUUAAACUCUAAUUCAUGAAAUGUCAGUCAACUGUUAUCAGAACCGUCUCUGUUGUGAAAUUUACACAUUUCAGGAUUUAAUAUAAAUAUGAUAAACUUCAGCUAAAAAUGGACUGGAAAUAAAAAUGCGGUCAAAGUGAGGUAGCAGAAAGUUUAUUUACAGCACAAGAAAAUCCCAUCGCAUGCAGACAGGAUAGCAAAGGUUCAGACUAACACGUUAGCAAACAUUGAGUGUUGAACAGACGUCGGUGGAGUACAAAAAC